CAGAGUUCAAAGUCCGCAUAAACAAACAGCGGCGCGCACAGUAGCAUGGCGCAUUUGGCUGGUUGCGGGUCGUUCUUGCGGCCGUAUUGGUCUGCGCUAUGUUUUUGUCCAUAUGUAAAUGUGCUACGGCCGUCUGCUGUCAUGGUGCAGACAGCGCUUCGUGCACAAGCAAAACAGCAUUGUCUUCUAACAGGCUGCGUGGUUGAAUGCGGAGCGGGGCGCCGCUACAACUCUACCAGCUCCGAGGCCAAACACAGCGGUGGAGACGACCUGAGCGUUAGGUAUCUGGAUGGAGAGGACUCAGGAAUCGUGGUAGUUGGAAUAAAUAGGCCAAAAGCAAAAAAUGCAAUCAGCAAAAAUCUUGUGAAAAUGAUGAGUGAAACGGUGGAAAACGUGAGGGGAAACAAAAGCAUUAGAACGGUAAUUCUCUGCAGUUUAGUGCCUGGGAUAUUCUGUGCAGGAGCUGAUCUCAAAGAAAGAUCAAAGAUGCACCCUAGUGAAGUGGGGCCAUUUGUAUCAAAAGCCAGAGCUUUAAUGAAUGAAAUUGGUACUCUUCCUGUGCCAACAAUUGCUGCUGUAGAUGGUGUUGCCUUAGGAGGAGGCCUAGAAAUGGCAUUGGCUUGUGAUAUAAGAAUAGCUGCAAGUACUGCAAAAAUGGGCUUGGUUGAAACAAAGUUGGCUAUUAUUCCAGGAGCAGGUGGAACUCAACGAUUGCCUCGUGUCAUUGGUAUGGCACUUGCCAAAGAACUGAUUUUUUCUGGACGCACAGUGGAUGGAGUAGAGGCAAAGUCAUUGGGUUUGGUCAGUCAUGUGGUGGAGCAGAAUGAGGUGGGAGAUGCAGCCUAUAGAAGAGCUUUGGACUUAGCACGAGAAUUCAUCCCUCAGGGACCUAUAGCUGUUAGAAUGGCUAAGCUUGCAAUUAACCGUGGAAUUGAGGUUGACUUGGCAACGGGUUUAGCAAUUGAAGAAGCAUGUUAUGCUCAGGUGAUCCCAACAAAGGACAGAAUUGAAGGUCUAAAUGCAUUCAAAGAGAAAAGACCACCUCGUUUUAAAGGAGAAUAAAUUUAGUAAUUUUAAACAAAGCUUCAUAUUCCACAACUGGUGCUGUCAUAUUUAAACAGUACAAUGCUGGUCAUAAAACUGCUAAAGCUUUAAAUAUCUAUAUUCCUCAAAUGUAAAAGGUCAAAUUAAUAAUGUAAGUAUCUGGCUCUAGUUUAGGACAAAAGUGUUAAACCAGCAGGAAUGUAAAUAAAUUUUUCAAACUAA